CUGUGCGGCUCGCUGAUCGUCUCUGGUUAAGCGAAGAAGAGAAAUUUUCGUUGAUCCGGUUCCUUUUCACUCCACACCACCUUCUCGUUGUCGACGGUAACACUGUACCGUAACUGUUAGCGGAUAAACAUGCCGGGGCUCCUAAGGUUCGUCGCUAGUCGUGCUGCUCCAGCCAUGCGGGGACACACCGUCUGUCAGAGGGCUAACCUCUACACCAAACCGGCUAAGGGAAAGGUCGGCGCCGCUGAAACUGUCAUUGGAAUGGGCUUAUUCUCCCUGGCCAUUCUGGGACCAGCUGGGUGGGUCCUGGCUAACUUAGAGGACUACAAAAAGAAAGACUAAAGUGGACAUUUUAACUCCUACCUGGUAGAUCCAGCCUCCUGUCUCCAGUGACAACCUGGGACCAUCAUCAUUAUGCUCUGCUGCAGAGAAGAAUAUGGACAUGUGACCUCCACUUUCUACUUCUCUUAACACUUCCACUCCACAUCCCAGAUAGAAACCAACUGUUCCCAAAACACUGACUCUGAUAAAUAUAAUACUUUACAAAUUGUAUCGUACAUCUUCCCUUUAAAGGAGUAUGUUACAACAUUAACAUUAAAUUAUAAAAAUAAA